UUAAGCACGAUUCGCUAGUUAGUUCUCAUAUCUUUUAGAUCGUAAAGUUCCUCUUCGGGUAAGCAUAAGAAUUGGAACUGGGUCAGCAAAGCGCCUGCUGUUUAACUGAUAAGCCGCAAUUUUCAUUGUUUGCGAAUUCACUGACUAUAUAAAGCCUGUCGGCGACAGCAACUUCAAUACAGCUCCAGUACACUUCUUCGAACAAUGUCUUCGGCAUACAACGUUAUCGUCCUCUUGCUGCUAGCAGCAUUUGGAAAUGUGGUUUGCGGCGUGGAUGAAUCUCGCAUCAUUGGCGGACAGUUUGCCUCUCAGGGACAAUUUCCCCAUCAGGUGUCGCUACAGCUGAAUGGGCGUCAUCAUUGCGGCGGCUCUUUGAUAUCGGAUACGAUGAUUGUGACAGCAGCACACUGCACCAAGGGUCAGAGUCCCAGUCAAAUGAUGGCUGUGGUGGGCACCAAUGAUCUGAAUGCUGGCAACGGUCAGACCAUGGGCAUUGCUCAAUUCAUCAUUCAUCCGCAAUAUAAUUCUCAAAGUCAGGACUUUGACAUGUCGCUUAUUCGCCUGAGCAGCCCCGUCAUGAUGGGCGGUGCAGUGAAAACGAUCCAGUUGGCGGAUGCUGAUGCGAACUACGAAGCUGAUACAAUGGCAACCAUCAGCGGUUUCGGAGCCAUUAACCAGAAUUUGCAGUUGCCCAACCGUCUUAAGUUCGCCAAGGUUCAGCUCUGGAGUCGCGACUUUUGCAAUGCUCAGAAUAUUCCUGGACUCACGGACCGUAUGAUUUGUGCUGGUCAUCCCAGUGGUCAAGUGAGCUCCUGCCAGGGCGAUUCUGGUGGCCCACUGACAGUUGAUGGCAAACUAUUCGGUGUUGUGUCCUGGGGCUUUGGCUGCGGCGCCAAGGGACGUCCUGCCAUGUACACAUAUGUGGGUGCUCUGAGGUCCUGGAUUAAACAAAAUGCAAAUGUCUAGCGAAGCCCUAAAAACUUUUAGCCUUGUUGAUAAAAUUCCAAAU